UCGUCGUGAGACACCCUGUAUACACACGAGUCAUGAUACUAAUACUCGAAUAAUAGUAUCAUGCACACGAGUGAUUUUCAAUUCGAAUUAUUUAUAAUUCGAUUAUUGAAAUCAUUCCUAACCUAACCCCUCCAUCUUGGCUCAGCUUUUGACAACUGUCAAAACAAAACAAUAUAACCUCAAACUCAAUAGGAAAAGUGAUGGAGGACUAUUAUCUUAUUAACUUCCAGAAGUAUUAAUCUAAGAUUAUCUUCUCUUUAUUAUUAGAUUUAUAAUGAUCCAAACAAUCAGAAACAUAUAUGAUGGAUAGAGAGUCCAUUGAAACCCUAAAAGAAAUAAAUCAUCAUAAACAAGAGGAAUACUGCACUACUAGGCCUGCAUAUAGACAGGGUCGAAAAUUAACUGCCGUUAAGGUUUAUACAAUAAACAAUGAAUCCCAACACCUGUACAUUUAUGGGGUGCCCCAAAUCAAUCUCCGCAAAGAGCUGAAGAACCUUUGCACAAAAUAUGGGGAAGUUUUUAGUAUAAAUCUGGUUUCAGACGUGAAACGUGAGAUUUUCACAGAAUGCUUCCAUAUUCACUACAAAAGAAUUCAGUCUGCUCGUGUAGCAAAGAGAUUAUUGGAUGCCAAGUCAUUCUAUGGUGGAUUAUUGCAUAUUUGCUAUGCGCCAGAAUGCGAGAGUGUACUCGAGACUAAAGCUAAGUUGGCUCAGAGAAAGAGGGAUGUGUUAAAUAGGUUGCAUAAGAAGUAAGCUAGUUUAAGUACCUAUUUUUGAAAGAAUACAAGUUUUUAAUAGGGAUAAUAAAAUAUUAAAUAUA